UUGUCUAUCGAUAUAUCACCACACGUUUAUCGCAUCAAUUGCGCACAUUUGAUUAUAAAUAACUAUCGUAACAUGUCAUACGAUCAAAGACAUCAAAUGUUAUAUUUAUUUAACAAUUCUGAAUUACCUUUUUCUUCUCAUUUUUUAUUAUUUUAACUAAUCUCAUGUAUAUAUGUACGUGAUUGAUAUAUGUAUAAAUAUUAUAUUAAUUAAAAAACAAAAAAAAAAAAAAAACGGCAAUGUUUUAGUGUAUUCGGAGAUUUUGUUAUAACAAACGAUUAUUACUACGAGGGAUACUCCAAUGACCAAAAAUAAAAAGUUGUUCCUGCAUGCAGUGCACUGUGUCUGCAAUCUUCCCGAUAAUAUUGCACAAUAUUUUUUAUUACUUUGCUGUAUUGUAUAAAGCGUAAGACAUAAAUGGCUGCUUAUAUCAAUCGUACAAUAUCUUUAAUCGGGGGAGAGAGUCAACUUCGAUCUACAGAUAUUAGAAGUGAUCAUUCUCCUCUACAGAUCUUUGUUAAAGCGAAGAAGAAAAUAAACGAUAUAUUUAUUGAAAUAGAUGACUAUGUUCAGGAUACAGUGGCAUUUAUGAAAUCACUGCAGAAUGAUCGCAAGAUCAUUACUGUGGAAGAAGUGUCACGAGUCCAAAACUAUGUAGACAAAGUUCAUGCCAUACGAGAUGUCCUUAAAAGAGAUCACAUGAAAGUUGCAUUUUUUGGGAGAACGAGUAAUGGGAAAAGUACAGUUAUAAAUGCUAUGCUACGAGAUAAGAUUUUACCAAGUGGAAUAGGACACACAACAAAUUGCUUCUUACAAGUAGAAGGAUCAGAGAAUGGAGAAGCUUAUCUUAUUACUGAAGGUUCUACAGAAAAACAACCAGUUCAAUCUGUUGGGCAAUUAGGUCAUGCUCUUUGCAAAGAAAAAUUAUGUGAAAGUCAUUUAGUCAGAAUAUUUUGGCCAAAAGAGAAAUGUCUUUUAUUAAGAGAUGACGUAGUUUUUGUUGAUAGUCCUGGAGUUGAUGUUACACCUAAUUUAGAUGAAUGGAUUGAUAAACAUUGUUUAGAUGCAGAUGUAUUCGUUUUGGUCGCAAAUGCUGAGUCUACUUUGAUGGUUACCGAGAAAAACUUUUUCCAUAAAGUAUCUACUAAGUUAUCAAAACCAAAUAUAUUUAUUUUGAACAAUCGAUGGGAUGCAUCUGCUUCUGAACCAGAAUUCUUUGAUCAGCUGGUCAAAGAACAGAAAGAGGUAAGAGCUCAACAUCAAGAACGUGCUGUGGACUUUUUAUCAAAAGAAUUGAAGGUUUAUUCUCCAAAAGAUGCAGAGGAACGUGUAUUUUUUAUUUCUGCCAAAGAAACUCUUCAAGCCCGUAUGCAAGAGCAACGUGGUCAACCAGCUCAUAAUGGUGCAUUGGCAGAAGGUUUUCAGAAUCGUUAUUUCGAGUUCCAAGAUUUUGAAAGAAAAUUCGAGGAAUGUAUUUCUAAAUCAGCUGUGAAAACCAAAUUCGAACAACAUUCUCAACGUGGUAAACACAUAGCCACAGAAAUUCGUCAAACUUUGGAUGAAAUAUUGGAGAAAACACAAGCAAUGCGUAGUGAACAAUUAAAUGUUAAGAAGGAAGUUCAUGACAGAUUAAAUUUUACGGAACAGCAAUUAAUAUUAUUAACUCAAGAAAUGAAAGAUAAAAUUCAUCAUAUGGUAGAAGACGUUGAACAAAGAGUUGCCAAAGCAUUGAAUGAAGAGAUUCGUCGAUUAGCUGUUCUCGUUGAUGAAUUUAGCGUUCCAUUUCAUACCGAACCAUUAGUAUUGAACGUAUAUAAACGUGAAUUACAUACACACGUGGAAAAUGGUUUAGGUUCCAAUUUACGAGCACGUUUGAGCACGGCUUUGGCAUUAAAUAUGGAAAAUUCACAGCGUGAAAUGACAGAGAGAAUGGCAGGUUUAUUGGCAGAUAAUAAGAAACAAAUGUCUUUAAAUAUUUUACCUAGACGAGAACCAUUUGAGAUAUUAUAUAGAUUGAAUUGCGAUAAUCUUUGUGCGGAUUUUCAUGAAGAUUUAGAAUUUCGAUUUUCAUGGGGUUUAACGUCUAUUAUUAAUAGAUUUGCUGGGAAACAAAGUCAUAAAUUAACUAUUGCUAAUUAUCCACAAGAGAUUCCACCGUCUAUAACAUCGCCAACAGAUAGUAUCGAUUCUAUCAAAUUUGUAUCAAAUACACCAAAUUUUUCGACAAAUUCCGACGAUUGGUCAUUAGCAACAAGAAUUGCUAUUGCAUCGAUAACAUCGCAGGGCACGAUGGGUGGCCUAAUUAUUGCUGGUUUUAUGCUGAAAACAAUUGGUUGGAGGCUUAUAGCUGUAACAGGUGCAAUUUAUGGUGCUUUAUAUCUCUACGAGCGAUUAACAUGGACUAAUAAAGCGAAAGAAUCCGAAUUUAAACGGCAAUACGUUGCACAUGCAACUAAGAAAUUAAGAUUGAUUGUAGAUCUUACAUCUGCGAAUUGUAGCC